UGGACGGAUAGGCCCGAUGAAGGCGCAUUGGUGCAUUGAGGCGCCGGCACCAUGGGAUACGGAGCUGUCACUGUUGGAUCAGUACCAAAUCUGAGUGGUGAUAUACAAAUAUACAAAGAUAAUACGGCAAACCCCGACCCCUGACCAGAUCAUACUCUUCUCAUCAGUGCCAGCCAACUACUAAUAACUAGCACAACCAGUCAUCUCAAAAUGAAGAUUAUAUAUAAUCACAAGUAACAACAGCUUCAGACAUAUGUCGAGUUCAGCUACGUCAAGCCGAAUUAUUGCUGUCGACUUCGGGAUACAUAUUUUCAGCAACGACGACGGCGACACGCCCGUUAACCAGAGCGCCGGACCUGUUCAUCCCGUCGCCCAGGGCUGCCGGCCGGCGUACGCGGACGGAGGCGCCUGCCCGGCACCUGGCGCCCUUCCAACACUGCCGUUUGGCCGCACCUGCCUGUCCCCUGCUGUUCCGCCUCCGCGUGCGCACAAGGCGGCGGCCCGGCCCUUCCCCUGCUUCGUAGCAUCCGCCCCGUCGUCCGCUUCGAACCAGCCAGCUUUGGCGCGAGCUUUUGACACCCCGCGCACGCCAUGUCCAGCUCGUAGCCUUUAGACAAUCCGGCACCGAGCGCCUGCCAUUGCUUUGUUGCUGCUCCGUCCUGACUCCUGAGCCGUGUCGUCUAUGGCGAAGGCUCUCACAGCACUUGCAGCAGCACUCGUAGUGCUGCUUGCAUGUUGCCCUUGUCGGGUGCGAGGUGACGAAUCGCCUAGUGUCACGGCGUCGCUCGUCAGCUUCUUGACCGUGCUCGCCGGGGACGACGACGGCGGGCAGACGGCGAUCAGGCUGGGGUGGAACGCGUCCAUCGACCCGUGCGUUCCCGGCAGCAAAAUCUCGCCGUGGGGCAAAACCGUCCAGUGCUUCGACGCAGGUGGAAACAAUGGCCACAUCAAGAGGAUAGAUCUUGAUGCACAGGGCCUGAACGGCGGCACCAUCGACGCCGCGCUGCUGUGCGCCGCGCCGGCUAUCCGCGUGGUGAACCUUCACAACAACAGCCUCCGCGGCGGCCUCCCCGAGGGCAUCUCGGCCUGCUCGGGCCUCACCCACCUGAUCGUCAGCAGCAACAAGCUCUCAGGUAACCUGCCGCCUUCCGUCGCCCAGUUGAAGAGCUUACAGGUGAUCGACGUUUCCAGAAACAACUUCUCCGGCCAACUUCCCGGCGACCUCAGCAAGCUUGGGCUGGUGAGGUUCCUGGCGAACGACAACCAUUUCACCGGCACGAUCCCGGACUUCAACCUCAACAACAUUCAAGGCCUCAGCUUCGACGUGUCCAACAACAACCUCACCGGAGCAAUCCCCAAGAACGCUACCAGAUUCGGCAAAGAGAGAUUCUGGCCUAACGCCGCCGGCAUAUGCGGCGAGACCUUAUUCGCUCCUUGCCCGCCGCCCCCUACGGCCGACGACGACGACGACGACGACGGGAAGGGGGAUGACGAUGACAAGCGCAAGGACAAGAAAAGAACAGUGCGUAAGAUCGUCAUGUACCUCGGGUACGUCCUCCUGGGCGUCGCCAUACUGGCCUUCGUCCUGUACAGGAUCUGCUUCAAGAAGAAGCGGAGCGACCUGGGGCUGAAGUCCAAGUCCGGCGGAGGCAGGAGGAGCGUGUACGACAGCAGCAGGCUGACGACGACCACGACCACGACCACGACCACGACGGCAGCGACGACCCCGAGCAAGACGCCGGCCUACUCACUGCCGACGUCGGGCGAGCACAGCGCGGUCGCCGAGGCGGGCGGCGCGCCGGCGGCCUCGCUGGUGGUGCUGCGCCGGUCGGGCACGACCUCGAUCACGUCCAACGCCGCGGCGGCGGCGGCCAAGGAGCUGCGGUUCGAGGACCUGCUCAAGUCCCCCGCGGAGCUGCUGGGCCGGGGCCGGUUCGGGAGCUCGUACAAGGUCGUCGUGCCGGGCGGCGCGGCGCUGGCGGUGAAGCGGGUGAAGGACGCGGCGGUGGACGAGGAGGAGUUCCGGCGGAGGAUGGAGCGGGUCGGGCUCGCCAAGCACCCCGCCGUGCUGCCGCCGCUGGCGUUCUAUUGCGCCAUGCAGGAGAAGCUGGUGGUGUACGAGUUCCAGAGCAACGGCAGCCUCGCCAAGCUCCUGCACGGCUCCAUAGAGAGCAGCCAGGGCCCCCUGGAUUGGCCGGCGCGCCUCCACAUCGCCGCCAAGGUCGCCGACGGCAUGGCGUUCAUGCACACCACCCUUCGUGGCGGCGGCGCGACCUCCAAUUCCCCGUCAGGUGAGAAGGCGGCAGCCGACGGCCCAAUCGCGCACGGCAACCUCAAGGCCUCCAACGUCCUCUUCACGGCCGGCAUGGACCCGUGCAUCAGCGAGUACGGCAUCACCACCGCGCCGCCCCCGCCCGCGGCCGGCAGAGACGGCGGCGGCGCCGCGGCGUUCCGCGCCGACGUGUACGCGUUCGGGGUGCUGCUGCUGGAGCUGCUGACGGGGAAGGCGACGUCCGCUCAGGGCGACGGCGCGGAGCUGGCGCGGUGGGUGACCUCGGUGAUCCGGGAGGAGUGGACCGCCGAGGUGUUCGACCGCGCGCUGCUCGCCGGGAGCGGCUCCGGGUCCACCGAGCAGCGCAUGGUGCGGCUGCUGCAGGUCGCCAUGCGGUGCGUCGACGCCUCCCCUUCCCCUGGCUCUGCCCCGCCGCCGACCAUGCGGGAGGUCGCCAGCAUGAUCAACUCCAUCCGCGACGAGGACGACAGGUCCUUCUCCUUGGAGGCGGCAUGAUGGAUGCCCAUUGAACGCGCGCCGAGCACGGAUCGCAUAACUCGACUCGAUCGACCACAGCGGUGCUACUAGUCUUAAAAAUCUCUGAUGAUGGUAUUAUUACACGUAAACAUCUUUAGUUGUUCACAAAGAUGGCCGUUGAAUUAGUUGGAAAUUCACUAUGAUGGUGCAUUUGAACAUAGACACUUUGUAUGUAACUAUACGUACGUACUGUUUGCUCCACGCAGGGGAUUAUUGUAUUGAUUCCGCCGAUGAAACAAAGCCAUCUCAUAAUAUUUGGU